GACUAAAAAAAUGGUUCACUACCAUCAGCAACCAACCAUAAAUCAAUCCACAAUCUAUAAUGAUCUGAUCUAACACAACACCCACCUUGAACUACUGAGCUCUUAACAUUUCCAUCUCUCUUUUUGGUGGACUUAAAAAGCAAGCUCACAGUUUUGGUAAACCUACAUAAUAACAACAUUCUCAAAUGGGUAAUAGCUUGGGAAGCAAGAAAACAGCGAAAGUCAUGAACAUCAAUGGUGAGAGUUUCAAGCUGAAGACGCCUGUGAAAGCUGGUACGGUUGUUAAAGAUUUUCCCGGAUACGUUCUCUUGGAAUCCGAAGCUGUGAAACAAUUUGGGAUCAGAGCAAAGCCCUUAGAGCCACACCAAAAUUUGGAAUCCAAAAGGCUUUACUUCAUGGUGGAACUUCCAAGAACAUGGAAAGAGAGAACCCCAAGAAGGGUUCGGUCGGGAAUUCAGAUAAGUGCGAAGGAGAGGCUAGAGAAUCUAAAGUUGUCUCGUAGAUCAUCGUCUGAUCUCUCGGUAAUGAAGAAGAAUGAGGAGGUUGAUCAUGAUGAAGAGAGACAAGUGAGUAGCGUGACGUUGAAGUUACCAAAGUGGAAAGUUGAGAAACUGAGGAAAGCGAGUGGUGGCUCUGAUUUCUCCAACAAGAUUGCAGCACUUUGUCUCCUUAACAUACCAAGUGGUUUGAUUCAUCAGAGACAACAUUUGCUUCGUAAUGGAGAAAGCAGCUUUGAGAUUGAAGAAGAAGGUGUCAAAUCACAUGAAGAGAAAAGGGUUAAAUUUCUCGAAAAGAGCAAAGCAGAAGACCUGUAAUUUUUAUUUGUUUUCCUAUAUUAUUAUUAUUAUUAUUAUUAGUAUUAUUAUCUUUAGUUGAGUUUAAUGAAGAUGACAGAAGCAAGUCUUUUGUUAAACACAGUGAAGCACAAUGUUCUUAACUCUUUUGUUACUGCAACAUGACUUUGUGUCACAAUCAGUUUUCUGUUUAAAAUAGGAUGAAUGAAGAACAAAAGAGGAGACAUAAGAUAAAGGCAAAUCAUUAGUAUUUUUUUCUUUCAAUUUGGGGGGCUUUAGUUUGGCCGAUAAUUACAAUAUACAAUUCUCCAGACUCAGAGAGACACACCAAAAAAAAAAAAAA